AUGGGCAUUGCGCUAGACCACCUCUCCUUUCAAGGUUCCUCUUGCUCGCGAUCCUUUGCGGUCAUCCCAUUUCAGAUAUGCAAAGAACAGAACCGCCCUGUUACCACACUCUCAGCUCCUGUGAUCUCUCCAACCACUCCGACUCCAGUUCAACGAAACUCCGUACAGGCGCUUAAUCCCGGCGAAUCGCUGAGGAUGGCACAGAAGCGUCCCAAUCCGUCAAGUUCGAUCGAGUCGUCUCCGGAUACCACACUGAAUGGUUCGUGUGCACCCCACUCGACCUCAGAGGAGGCGCUGUCCACGAACUCAGUGCAUGCAGAUCCUGCGAUCGCUGGACAGCGUACGCGCGAACACAGUCUAACCAUCAGUCAGGCACCCAUUCGGCUCUGUUUGGAUUCCACCGAGAAUGGAACUAAUCAGGGCACUAACAUCUACAGUCGUACUUGCAAUAACAACAAUAGCAAUGGGAUCAUCUCACCCCCUUCAAAACCACUACCACAGCACUCAGCUCCGUUGCCAGUCUAUCCAUGUUAUCGGGAGGCCCAAAAUUACCGCUCGAUAAAUCCCGUGUCCCUCACUUCAAGCGAGUCUGAGUCGGAAAGUGCACGGGUCAGUUCAGUAAACCUAACUUUGCAAUUCACUCUGAAUCACUUAGUUGUUUUCCAAGGACGCGUUUUUGUUGUCUUUGAAUGGUACUCAUUACACAGUCUUGCCGGUUUCGGUGUUUCGUAUCAACGAUGGUAG